UGCAAAUAAAGUCUUUAAGUUUUGACGUACUUGCAAGACAAUAAGAAAUUGGACACAUAACCAACUUCUUGUUUGCACAAGUGAUCUAUUCUGGGUUACCAAUUGAAAGGGAAACUUUAAUAAUUAGUUGCGAGCGGUGCAGAAUGACGAGUGCAAGUCUUUUGUCGCGUUCCCUGCUAACAGAAGCUCCGCGCUCCAAGAAUCGCUCGGUGUUCACCUUGAUUGUGGGCGUGGUGGUCGGUUACUGCCUGGCCCAGCUCUUCUCCAGUAUUGCGCCGAGCAAGAGCCUGUAUCCGUAUCUCAGUACACGCCUUAGCCAGCCCAGCGAUUCACAGGUGGCCACCCAGGGUCAGUUGCCACAGGAGCACAGCGCCUUCCAGCAUGACCAUCGCAACGACAACGUCACCGUGGCCGAGCAGCUGAAGAAGGAGGUACGCAUCCUCUGCUGGGUGAUGACGAAUCCCACAAACCACAAAAAGAAAGCUCGCCAUGUGAAGCGAACUUGGGGCAAGCGGUGCAACAUCCUGCUCUUCAUGAGUUCCGCCGCCGAUGAGGAGCUGCCCACCGUGAAGCUCAAUGUGGGCGAGGGCCGGGAGAAUCUGUGGGCCAAGGUCAAGGAGGCGUUUAAGUACGUCUAUCAUCACCACUACAAUGACGCCGACUUCUUCUACAAGGCCGAUGACGACACAUACGCCGUGAUCGAGAAUAUGCGGUAUAUGCUUUAUCCGUACAAUCCCGAAACACCCGUACACUUCGGAUUCAAGUUCAAACCUUUCGUGAAACAGGGCUACAUGUCCGGCGGAGCGGGUUACGUACUCAGUAGGGAGGCACUGCGUCGGUUCGUGGUCGAGGGCAUUCCGAAUCCCAAGAUGUGCCUGCCGGGCACGGUGGUCAAUGAGGACAUCGAAAUCGGGCGAUGCAUGGAGCACCUGAACGUUACCGCCGGCGAUUCCAGGGACGAAAUCGGUCGUGGUCGAAUGUUUCCCUUCAUACCAGAGCAUCACUUGAUCCCAGCCAAGUGGGACAAAAACUAUUGGUACUGGAACUACCUUUACUACAAGACGGAUGACGGUCUCGAUUGCUGCUCAGAUUUGGCCAUUUCCUUUCACUACGUUGCUCCGAAUUCCUUCUAUGUUCUGGACUACCUCAUCUAUCAUUUGAAACCCUACGGUUUACAGCGUUCCCUAGAACCUCUGCCCGUCAAACUCAAAGUGGGUCAGUUGUUACCACCUCCUGUGGAGCGUCCCCUUGCCAGUAACGAGGAUUCCGCCGAUGAUUACGACAGGAUCUACACGACCACGACUGAAAAGCCAAAGGAGCCCGAUGCCCGGGAAAUGGACUCCAAGGAAGUAGAAAAGGAGGAGGCCAAAUACAGGGAAAAGCUUUCAAAGGAGGCCGAGGAGCGCGAAGACUCGCGAAAUACUGACAACGACUCGGAGUAUACUGAAGAGGAAACGGAUAAGCGUUCCAAGUCCAAGGAAACAUCGGAGGAAAAUUAACAUGUAUUGAUUUUAUUAGUUGGUAUGCUUUGGAACCAAGUUGUUUCUUAAACUAAUCAGCUCUUCCA